AUGACGGAAGUGACAGAAGGAAGCGGUACGACGUCGCCGACUCGCAACGAUGCGGAGUUGGCACAGACUCUCGAACACAGCAAUGCAGACAUGCCUGUCGCCGCUCCUGCCGUUUCUACGACGCCUUUGGCUGGUGCCUCCACCCCCAACGUGGUCCCUUCAUAUCCCGCUAGCGACGUCGCACAGCCUUCAGCUAGCACAGGCAUCCUGAAUGCUUCUACAAGCGCAACGGCUCAUUCGAGUGCUGCAGCUUCGACGACGGCAGCCAAGCCAAGGGUCUCGCUAUCGUAUCCUACAGAGAGGCCGCCUCGCGAUCGAAGCGGCAACGCUUCUGGCGCAGCAGAUGCUCACGAUGAUGCUCCUGAAGGCUCUUCUACACGACCAUCACGCUCAAGAUCAGUAGCAAGAUCCCAUCGUCGCUCUCAAUCGGCGAAACGAAGCUUCAGCCAAAGUAGGACGAGUUUCGAUGCGGCUGCGUCCAAAACGAGCGGCGCCAUCCGCAGAUCCAUGUCGCUCAUACGCCCAGGACAGUCGUCUGGACCCAUCGACCCCAUGCAAGAACCGCGGCGGUCGAUCAGCAAACGUCCCGACGAGCUGCACUUGGCCGAGCGCGAUCCGCACAAAGCGAAACACGUCGCAGGCGAGCCCCAUCGACGUGCAAUUCCGUUUGCAGCUCCGUAUGCGCGAUCGGGUACAGUUAUUGAUCAGCCUGCUACGUGGCGCGAUUGGAUGGUGCCAGGGCCAUUGACAUUUGGAUACGGCCAAUGGUGGUAUCUGGUCUUUGGGCAGAGCAUCGUUGCGGCCCUGAUCUCGGGCUCGAUCAACUUUGGCGUGGCAGUGGCGCUUUACCAUUCGCAGCCCACGAUCAACAUCUGGACUUUUGACCGACAAACAGUAGCCGGAGAUAUGGGUGUCACCGUCAUUAUUCAGCAGAUUGUCUCGUUCAUCAUCACCUCUUCGCUCGUUCAUCACGAUUUAUACGCAGGCCCCAUCGGCCCUCUCCGACGCCCGUGGCCACCACUUCUGCAUCUUCCCUCGACCCCUCGACCCGAAGGACACUGGCUCGGCGCUCGGAUGCCCGAUGACGUGCAACGCGAUGGCGUGGCGUGCAGGAUGGGCCGCUCGGCAGGCAAAUCCAAGAAGAACGGCUGGUGGUGGUGGUUCGUCCGUGCGGUGCUCACUGGUUCGGAGCGUAACGAUCUCCUAGCUGCAGGCAUCUCGUGGCGACAAAGACUCGAACGACUGCUCUGGACGGCCGCACAGGGAUUCUUCCUCUGCUGCCUCACAUUCUGGUGGUACUGGCCGCUCGCCAUCGCCAUCGUCGCGCCGAUCUACGAGCACCGCGAACUGGCACACACGUGGAUCCCCAUGAUCAUCAAGCUGCUCUACGGCGCUAUCCUCUCACUGCUCACCAACCCAAUCAUGGCGUUGAUGGCGAUGGGCGCCGAGUCGUCCGUGCGCAGAUGCUACCCGGAGUUGGACAUGUGGCAGCCAUUCGGCGGGAGGGAGGACUUCGAAGCGUGGAAGGUGGAGCAUGGUGUGGUGGAUGCGGCGGAGCUGGGCGAGGCUGGUACGGUGGACAGGGACGAUUCGCUGCCGGAUGGGCAGGCGACUGUUCUGCACUCGGCUGGGUCGUCGGAGGAUCAGGAUGUGGGGGAUGAGCGAGUAGAGGCACCGGUCACAACAGAGAAGGUCGGGUAUCAGUCGAGUAACCUGCUCGAGAGAAGGAUCACCGAGGAGCCGAAUGCUGCCGUUGCGCGUGAUGCUGUUAAGCAGGGGUAA